AACCAACAUUAUUAGACAGCAGACACACCACACAGCAUGGCUGAGACCGCGAUGGCUGAGAUUGGGCAAGUGGAGUUCACAGACUCCAAGUGUGUGGAUCCUCAAGCACCUAGAAGUCACGACGCAAUGUCAGAAACCAACUGCAACAAUACUGCGAAAGAAGGUUUCAUUCAUGAGACGAAUGGCGAUGCUGCACAGUCUGCCAUAGGUGAAGGAAUGAAGGACCAGAAUAGUGGGUCAGGCAAGGAGCUGGCCCAUGUGACAUAUGCUGUACUUGAAGCUUCCCCUGGAGAUAUAGCACCAUCCACUGUUGAGAAAACUUCAGAGGUUUCGACAAGAGAGACCUCUCUCUCUGCUCCAGCUGACACAGAAGCCUCCAUUACAGAUGUGGCUGAGAGUUCAUGUGAAGCCGCAGGCCCUGAGUCCUGUAAAAACAUACAAGAGGAGUCAAUUCAGAGCUCUCAGGAGGAAGUACGCAAAGGUUGCGUUGAAACAGAUGCUGAUUACUGUGCUGAACAGAAGCCAUUGUUAUCAGUGGAUCAAGGGUCGGAUGGUUUGUCAUCGAAACAUAGAGCAAAGUCUGUUGAAGUGCAAGAUCUUAUCUUGAGCUCACCAAAUAACACUGAUCACCCUGAGCAGGAGAGGAGUACUGAGUUCAGCAAAGAAAGCAAUCCUGAUGUUGAGCGUGCCACUGAUCCUGCAAAAAAUAAAGCAAUACAUACUCAAGUGCCCGUAACAGAUUCUGCAAUUUCGGGAGAUGCUUCUUCGAAGGACAAAUCUGAAUCGAGUUUUGCUCUUGUAGCUCAUGUUGAAGAAACUACUUUGACAGGGAAUAAGAAGGUUGAGGUUGCAAGUACGAAAGUUGCUAAACUUAGUCAUGAACAGUUGAAAGACGUGCCAGUCUCAUGCUCUUCACCAGCAGUGCCUCCUAAUAGUUCCAGUGUAGAGGUAGCCUCUUCACAGCCAUCUGCGUCAACAAGCUGUCCAGUUGUUGCUUCAUCAAAACAAGAUCAAGUACUCGAUUCCAUGGUUGGCAGCAAAUCACUUUGUGAAGUUGAAUGUAGUGAUUUUGGACAUAACUCUGAAGAUGGAGUCUGCGUGGACGAUGGAGAAGGUUCGAAUGCUGUGUCUACGGCUGGCGAGGCUGUAGCAAGCACUGACUUGGAAGGUGGUCAAGAAGCUACUGCCGACUCGCUUGACAGUCCUGGCCGCAAAGACAUUGGCUCUGAUGACGAGGACUCCGAUGAGGAACUUGAAUUGAUUCCACGAUUAAACAGGGAUGGCCUUGAUAGCGACAGUGGAAUUAAUGAAGGCAUACGUGGCCUGGAAGAUGAUGAACUGGAAGAUGGUCUUGACGACGAGGAGGAAGAUGAGGAUUGUCUCAAAGGAGAGCGUCAGCAGGGCGAUGGCCAGGAGAGCGUUGAUCCCUCCGAUGUCCAAGAUAAAGUUUUGGACUUUGAUGAAGACAAGCGCAACCCUCAGUACAUCCCCAAGAAAGGCGCAUUUUACCAACAUGAUGACCGCAUGGUGGGAGAUGAAGAUGCAUCUGAAGUUCCAGAAGAAAAAAAUGAAGAUGACAAGGGCGCUCGUCGGCAGAAGAAGCUUUGGCAUGAUGAAGGUGUUUGGGGUCAUGACAUGUACCGUGAGGAGGAGCAGGGUCCUAAAACAAGUGACGAGCUUGUGAGCAUCUAUGGCUACGAUAUUCGUACAGAAACGAUGCCUCCUAGAGCUCGGAGACGGCGACGUUAUGGUCGUGGCCCCAACAAGUACCAGCGCAAUUGGGAAGAUGAAGAGGCUUACACCCCCCGGUCAGGGUCAGGACGUGGUGGAGGAUUACGUGGUGGUCGCAGGACCAGAGGUGGAGGCCACAUUGGGAACCCUCCAUUCCGUGAUGAGGACUUCCCCGAUCUGAACUCCAAGCCUUCGAAUUCUGAGAAUUCUGCUGCUGUGCAAGUGGAGCGGACAGAAGUAAAGCCUCCAGCCAGGCCUACAGGGUUCAGAAGUCCUAGCUCACCUGGAAGCAGCAGUUCCCAACAGGAAGAAUGGGACCACACAGUCAAGGGCUCCGGAAUGGCCCACCGGGGUUGGGGCAAGCGUCCUUCUCAGCCUUCAAGGAGAGUACCAGAUACGCCGCCAAGGCAACAGGACAGUGAAGUCAAGGAGAACGCUUCAUCAGGGCAUCGUACCAACAGGCCUGCACCACGGUCACCAGUGAAAGCAAAUGAAGUGCCCGCCAUUUCACCUCCUGCGGGCAAAAGCCGAGCUGCGUGGCACCUGUUGACUGAGCAUGAACGAAGCAAAAAGGACUUCGAGACACUCGAGAAAUUUGCUGCAAAAGUGGAGCUUCAGGACGGUGAUGCAGCAGAUUUGAAGAGGAGCACAACAGCUACAGUGGCCCCAAGAGGAGGACCGGUUGUAAGCACAGAAUCUGCAGCCAAACCAAGGCGUUACUCUUCAUUGCGCCAACGGCCCCUUGUAGAGGCUGCCCCCUACGCUGAGACAGCCGUGGUUGCCCCCCAGCUGCCUAAUACACAGGCCCCACUACCAGCGCCGAAUCAGCCACAGCCAGCUAUUUUGACUGCUGCGCAUUUCCAGGGGCCAUAUGCACCAUAUCCUGAUGGCUACAUGCUUCCACCUGGACAGGCACCUGCUGUGAUGCCCACUCCAAGUCAGCCGCCACCGCCUCCUGUUAUGGCACCGCCUGCCCCAUUGACGAGCUCUUUCUUACCCCCGCCAGCGGGGAUUGUCAGCUUUCCCCCUCAGUACCCACCACCCUACACCUUUCCGACACAGUAUGCUGCACCUGCCCCAGCUGCUGCACCCCCGACGCAGACGCAAGCCCAGAAGCCGCCUUACUACCACGGGGACAUUAUCUAUUACAACACUCAAAGCCAGCAGCACAAGCAGCGGCCCACCCCUCCUCGAAGGCCCAAAGCAGCUAUCCCUAUCGUGCCUCCCCCAGAUUCCCAAGGCACAGUCCAGGAGAGUGCUCCUGAGCCAGAUGGUUUGGGAUCUCAUCAGAGCAAGUCAGAUGAAGACCUUGAUGAUAAUGCAAUUGCUGGCACAGAACCAGCUCUUAAAGAAGGCCCGACAGCACAGCAAGCAGUUGGAGGAUUGUAGCAUAGCCCUUGUCAUUCUUAUCCUCAAGUGCCACACUACUGCAGUUUGUUCUUUGUGCACAGUUUCCUGGAAGUGCUCUGCUUUUGUGUCAUUAGACACUUGUUGUCAUACUUUUAUCUCAGUUCACUGAGGUCUUUUUAAAAGAGAUGUCAAUAAUGGCAUUACAGAGCAGAGAUCUGUUUGCAAUACGUGGGAUGCACUUUUGUGGGUAAAGAAGCAAUGUUUUUCUAGUUCUUGUAGAGAAAUAAUGUUUUAUUCUUUACUUGGUAAAUAGCAGCUUGGCAAGUGUUGCAAUUUAAAAAAUAAUAAUAAUGUAAAGGCUUUUAAUAAAUGGCAUUUUGUUCCUGUUAUGGAGAUUAUUGCAUUGUAAAGGUAGCAGUUGCACAUAAUUUUGAGUGUGUAAAUGUGAGCAAGAUGCCAAAUUGUGGUGUAAUUAACUCUUUCCUUGCCACAGCGAAAGGUGCCGUAAGUUAAAGUUAUUAUUUGAAGAAAUGCUAUUUGCAGUGUAUUCCAUUGUAUGUCAUGAGUUAUGUAGCUUGGUGCAUUGGUACAUUUAACUUGAGUGGAAUCCAUUGAAAUGAAGGCUAAAAAGCAAAGGAACAAUCAAAUGGAACAACUGCCUGUACAUUACUAAAUUUUUUGCUUAUCGAAAAGAGAGCAGUCUCCAAAGGAAAAGGAGGAUGCGGAAGCAUCAAAAGCCUCAAGUAUUGGCACAGCAGUAUCAGGAUUUGGAGUCUCAUUUGAUAACGGAAUACAUUCACACAUUCAAUUUCAUAAUUUGUAAUCUAGUGUUGCUCUGAUUUUCCACCGUUCUUAGUUCCGCCUUCACCUACUCUAGACCUUUUUAGAAACAUGCAGUGCCAUGCUCUUCCCUGGUGGUGUCGUUUGGUAUGAGGGUGCACUGGGCAGCUGCCGGGAAGCUGCAGCGACUGCGAAGGCAUCCUGAAAAUCUCUUCUCUCAAAAUUUUUACAUUUCUUUCAGUCACGAAGUCUCCAUAUGGAGGUGCGACUUUCUUUGUUGCCUUUUUAUUUUUUUAUUUCAUUUAUUUAUUUUUAAUUAUUUUUUUCAUUUAAAAGUGAAGGAGUCAUGCUGUACACUGGUGCGACUCAUGUUAGAGACACAAAUAAACUUAAUUAGCGCUAACUGAUAUGAAGGGCCAAAACACUACUCAAGAAAGAGGUGUUUCAAGAUGAACGCCUCCACAUUUUACGGAAGCUCUGGUAAAUUCCCAUUCAAAUUUCUAUUUUACCGCUGCAUCAAACAUUCAGAACAGUUAAAGACCCCUGCUUUAUGUUGAGGAAGAGCUACAUUUUAUGAAAAGUAGUUGCUGAACAGUUUUGACCCUGUUUUGAUUUGCGUCUCCAUACAGAGACGUCGUGACUUACUCUUUCUUUACCACACUGGCGACCCACAAGCACCGCAUGAAAAUGUAGAACUACCUAUGCUUUUAUGGAAUUCUUGUGCCACUAGUUCACUGUCGAAGAAAUAAAUUUUUUUUUUCCUGAGUAUUCUUUUUAUUUUUGAGUGGCAGCAAUUUUUUAAAUGUGGAAGAAAGAUCGCCAUACGCACUGCUUGAUUUUGAAGAUGGUAGACACUCUUGUUGCCGGACCAUCGAGUCAAUGACGUCGGUCUGGCAAUUAUGUUGCAUCCUCGAGUGGUUGUCUGGAUAUUAGUGACUCCUAGUUUCAUGCCAGAUCAAUAGAGUGUCGUUCGGGCGAUUAACUUCUUUUCUUGGGGCGGAGACUAGACGUUUAUAGCAUAGUGUACACUAUACGCUAUAGUACACCGUACGCUAAGUAGUGCACAUUUAUUACAGUUCUAGUUGGCCUGCGAGAUCUUCUGAUCUCAGAGGCCAUAUGCCAUCGUCACGCCUAUUUCUCGACUUACCGACAGGUGGCACUGACAUCUCGCAGGUUUCCCUCGUUAGGCUUCGUCUCGUUCGAAACGAGAAGCGAUCUCGAAAACUACUAGGUUAUCCAUAAUACAUUGUCAUUGAAGUGGCCUGAGACUAAGUGAAAGCCGUUUAUGCAGUCAUUUGCUACGAACGAAGUUAAUUCUACAAAAGCAACGCCAAAUUCAAUUCAAAUCGGGCAGCGGGGACCACUGCCAUGUUUACGUAAGCUAUCUAAACCACGCAAAGACGGUGACACUAAAUCUGAGAAAUAGUGUGUGUACGCUAUAUGUUUUGGGUCAUUUAGCAUUCUGUGCAUGUGCAGUGACGAUCCACUAUUUUAUAGCGUACGCAAUGGUAUAGUGUACGCUAAACUAAAACUGUCAAGUCUGUACAUUGUAUUGAUGCAUGUAUGUGCCGAAGCAUAUACAUUGUCACUGUUGCAAACUUUUUUUGACAUGUAUCUGCAAGGUGCGAAUGCAACAUGCACAAAAGCAAAUCCACAAGAACCCAGCAAAAAGCUAAACAAGGAGGCAGCGCUCCCAUUAACAAAUGGUGCAACAGUGUUGAUAAUAUGGCUUUUUGAGGGUCACAGCAUGAUGACUGAGUACUUGCACAUCUGUGAGAAAAUCCAGGACUCCAGAGCGCUUGCUGACCUGGAACAGCAGGAAAAAAAAAGACCAUAUGAUGCCUGCACUUGCUGCAAUGACCAUGCAAACAAAUUGCGGUAGCAGACGAAAGCAGAGCCGAUGAGCUUUCAUUCGGGCUCCUCAGCAUCGGCUUCUAGAGGUACACGCAAUUUUCUGGAAAGGUCCAUUGACACAUGAAUACAAAGUGGCUGGCACAUACAAUUGCAACAGUGAAACAGGAAGUGUCCCUCUGUACACCUGUCUGCCCAUCCUGUUUGGUUCUCCGCUUUGUCUAAGUUAUCAUUUUGCUAGAUUCCGCUCAAGGCAACAUAGUUUGUCUGUUGUGCCAUAUUGGUUUCACACCAAGUUUGAGCAGUUUUUGACGGAAACUGUCAUCGCCAAUAUGGCGGUGCCAAGCCUGCCCACUUCAGGUCAAUUGGGCGGCCGUUUUUCACCCAUUGGCCCCUUACGGGACGUCAAUGGAGCUGUAUAUUUUCGCUGCCCUUCAUUUCACCUUGGCAGCAAAGUUCGGGCAUUAUCUCUGUGGUCUCCUUGAGCUUAGUUCUCGAUAUCAGGGCUUGAGGACCAUGCUUAUGGGACACAGUAGGCAGCUGGUCAUGUCACUUUCUUGGAUUGGCAUGGCAUCAGGCAGCAUACAUUCUUUGUUUGUGGUAGAUCGCGCCUUGAAACGUUUAAAACACAAAAACUCCUGGAGAAAGGAAGUGUUCUGUUAUACGAGACUCUAUGCUCCCUGCUGCAUGUAGCAGAAUAAUGUUUUGAUGCAUGCUCACACCAGCAUUGUCUACAGAUUUGGAACCUUCUUACUGUGUUCAAAGUGUUUCAUUGCCCCUUCAAAUGAAAAAUCUGGCUGUUCACACAGGCAGGUCUUAAGACAGAAGUGAUUGGAUGAUGAUGCUUGCUGCUAGCUGCCAAGUCAGUGCUGAAUGCAUGCGGAAAACGAUUGAUUGAAUUUAUCGAUUUCCUUAGCUGUGGCAAGAAAAGGGUUGAUCUUCUUGUGUGCUUAGUAAAAGUUGUUACUGUGCUCUCUAUUUGCUUUCACAUGCCACCUUUUGAAGCCAAGGAAGUGGUUCAAUGUAUGGAAAGUCUGUUUUUUGGUGUUGACAUUAAGAUACGCUUCUUAUUGUCUUGAGUGAGUGCAUUGUUAAAACAUAACCUAGUGAACCUUUGCUGUGUUUUGCACCUAUGCACUAGAAUGCCUUGAUAGGAAUGGUUAUAUUUGUAUUCCUGAAAAUUUAUUUGUAACAAAAUUAUUACAGCGCAAGACAGGGGUAAUUGGAGAUCGCAGGGAGAGGCCUUCAUCCUGCAGUGGACAUAGAGGCUGAUGAUGAUGAUGAUUACAGGAAAUGAGUUGCUUGCUCUACACAUUUUAACCCUUUCGCUACCACGAGAAAGUCUUAAAAUUUUACUGGAUUUAUUGGUGGCUUUUUUAUCAGUACCUAGAGUUUUUUGUGCUUGUAAAAUCAGCAUUGUGCCAUUUUUAAAACGCACUUUUGUCUCUUUGUUGUCAUGGCCUCAAGAGAAGGCAAGUGUUGGCACUUGGACAUUUAUGCACUGUGUUACGCUCAUGUUUUCUUUUGGUGGUGUCCAUCAUCUUAUUAGAAGUGAAUUCAGAUUGCUCUACGACUCGCUAAUGGAAAAUGUUUUUUGGUAGUGUUUGGUAUGUCAGCCCAAAGCCCUCUUGUCAGCAGCAUCCAGUAGUGCUACCUGGCCUGGAUGCACUGCCUUGAGAUUGAGUCUUCUCUUCUACCUGAGACAUUUCACUCUGGGAACCAAACUGUGCUCCUUGUAAUAACUAUGUUUAUACUAAUAGUUUCACAUGCUGCCAUUUCUGUCGCUGUAACCAGAAAAAUACAGGAGAAAGCCAGCACACAAAAUGCCAUCAAAUGGAAACCCUGCCACCACCUCGCAUCAGCAACUGCAAUUAGAAGCAUAUUGACAAAAUCAGCAUCUUAUUAUUGACACUUAUGUGAUGAGUGGGCAUUGAAAAAGUGGUAUGGAAAGGGUUAAAGUGUGUAAUCUCGGAUCAAAACUAUAUACAGUGUAAUCUUAUUGAUACGAUCUUCAUGGGAACUGGAAAAUUAAAGUGUAUCAUCCGAAAAUCGUGGUAUCCAACGUAUUAUCCUACAAAAUCAUAUCAGGAAAAGAAGAAAAAAAAAAAGCAUCCCGAAGAACGUAUUACGCAGAAUCGUAUCAACGAUGUUCCUCUGUACACCUAUUACCUCUCUAUGUAGAUUUACAAUCGUUAUUCGGGCUUAAAAAAUCCUUGAAUUUCACUUUCUGGUAUGCUUAGCAAAUCUUGUUUGGGCAUCUGGAUGCAAUCCAAAAAUCAAGGCAAUUCAGUCUUUUUAUCAGCUUUGUGGUGGUGUCAUGGUUGUUGGUAAUUCACAUGCUAAGCAUUCUCGUAUUGCCUUCUCCUUCAUGUGCAACUAAAGAAAAGCCAGCAUUCUUAUUUUCCAGCUGUCAAACAUAAUGUUGCUUUAAAUCUGCUGUCUGUGCAUUUGAGCGCGUGUGCUCAAAGAGAGCACUGUUAAUGAGACAACAAAGAAUAUCGAAAUUGCAGCAGCAACCUGCUUGCUAAAAUAGGAUAAAUUGUGUACCACAUCACCCCUGGGUGUAAAGCAUAUUCUACAUUCUUUUGUUCGAGAAGAAGAAAUAUUUCUGCUCUUUGGUUAUGUGACCUGAUUGAACCACCAAGGACCAUAAUUAAAUCAUGGGUUGGGUUCCAGUAACUAUUAUUUUGUUUGUCUUUUUUCAUUAAAAUAGGAAUAUGAGGCAUGUGUUUUAACUCUCCGUCCAUGCUUUUUGUUUUCUGCAUUAGCAGACUAACACAGGCGACACUUUCUGUAACAAAUGAAUGCACUUGUUGGGGCAAGGAUGCAUGUGUGAAUAAUGCAGCAUUUCUGUGUUGAAUUGUGCCACUGAUGCACACAUCUGUAAACAUAGCACAGUCAUAUGCACGAAGACUUUUCUUGCUUUGAAACAUCAUAUCUUUAUUGGGCCUGCUUUUUGUUAGAUUGAAGACCGUCAUUAUCAUGAUGGGAUCACUGACAUGAACAUGAUAGUUUGUGCACAAAUGCUUGUGUUUCCACUUAUUUACAGGUACUUCAACCAAGUGCAGUUGCUGUCUCAUUAAAAUGAGAAUAAAAUGUGCUUGUUUUUGGAGAGGAAGUUCAGAAUGAAGGACAGCUUCUCGCCUGUCCAUCUUUGUUUAGCAGCUAGGCAAAUGAGCCUAGCCAUUGUUUAGGAACACCUGGCUUGUCUGUUCAGAUCAAAGCAGAUUUCACAAAAAGCAGUGCCUUUGAGAGCUACUGCUUGGCACACCCGAGAUAGUGCCGCUGUAAGAAACUGUAUUUUAACUUCCAUCUUUACUGGAUAUGACAUGAAUUUGCUCAAGUCUAGAUUACGGCUAGUGACCACCAAGGCAAUUGUACCAUCUUUUGGAUGAUUUUCAAGUUCCUCAUGCUCAUAGCUAGAGUGUAUACAAUGUGCCAAUAUGAAAGGGAACACCAGAUUUCUGUUUAAAUUAAAGUGAUUUUUCUUGUUCCUGCACUGAAAUAUGUUCCAUAUGGUGGAAUUAUUCAGUGCGAGAAAUUACACAGUAAAUAGCAUUGACUGAGGCAUGCACUUCCAUAUUUACAGGAAUAGCUGUUUAAAAACAGAUUGUUUCCUUUCAUAGUGGUGCAGUGUGUACAUGUAGCCCUGCAACAUAUCUAUGGUCGCCAGCAAUAGUUUAACCCUAGAGUAUAUACUAUAGAGACUGCUAAUCUCAAAGAGCAGACCACUUCUGGGAAGUGACAGAGUAGCGACCACAGUACCAUUAUAGGGCUGCGUAUCCUCUCUGGCUAUGAGUCUUCUAAUAUGGUGCUCUAAAGUGGCAAUGUUCACUGGUAGCCCUUAAGGAAACUGUUUCAAGUUAACCAUAAUUAGCGCUAAAAGCUUAUUUCCCUCACCUUCAUAUUACAUCCCAGUCCUUAAUAGAAAUAAUCAAAAAUUUAGUUUAUGGUUCAUUUGAGAGCAUUUAAGGCAGUCUUAGGGAAUUGUAACUUUCAUUGGUGGUGUCCUCAUUUCAUGGCCUGAUACUCUCACCAUUUUGACAGCACUGCCAUGUUUGCUUUCAUGCCUGUGGCUCUUGUUUUGUCACUGUGAUUUUUACACUGUGCUUGAUGUACGUUUUGCACGGUGAGCUAAAAUCCAAAAUCCUGUAGUUGUAACCCUGAGCAUGGCUCAGAAUGGCCAGAAGAUAUGGCAUGUAGGUUGUGUCAUGCCAUGGUUGCCUUUGUUAACAGUACUAUGAUGCAGGGCAUGAGAAAGUGAUAAUUUCCAUUGUAGAAAAGGCAUCAAGAGCUUUUUCUUUUUUUUUUUUUUUAUUGUUUCUGCAUUUUGUGUAAAGUAAUAUUUGUAGAUUCGUCGAAUGUGUUUCUAACUUUAGUGCCAACAGGUGGUUAGAACUGUACUGUGGGUAAUAAAGUGCAUGCAACAGAUUGAUAUUGUUUAUGCAUGGGACAUGCAUGAAUAAUGGCAGCUUUGGCAUCGAGUCAUUUCUUAGUUUGUGGGACUGGGAUAUGCUUUAAGCUGCUUUAAGAUAUGAACUGUGCAUAUCAAGUUCUAAUUUCUUACUUUAUUCUGAUUAUUGGCCAGUUACCUAGCUCUACUGUUUGCUGUCAUAAUUUUGUAAUGGCUAGAAAUCUAUGCUCUUACUUUUUCUUAUAGAAGACUUUUUGAGAACUCAUAUGUGCAGUUAAGAUAAUCCUUCACAACUUCACACUAUUUGAAAAUGCUGUUGUGCAGCAUAAUCAACCAUGGCAACAGCUUGGGUCGUGUUCUGUAAAAUGGGCUGUUCAUGUCCGACCAUUCUACUUAAUCCUGAUGCUCUUUGUAGCUUGAAGACACACACAAGAAGGCUUCUUGCGUUUCCUGAUAUAUCUUAAUACUGGCAGGUCUUUUCUAAUCUUGACCUAGUGCUUAUUUGCCGAUAAUUUACCAACUAUGCUGCCUUUCAGGAAGAUAACUCAUGCAACAUAUCCUACUGAGAAUGUAUUGCUAAAUGAAUUUAUAGUGAACAAUUUACUGUGCUAUAACAGGCAAUAGCAGCAAUGUGUGUACAUUAUGCUUCAGUGUGGCUGAAAACAUUCAAAACAUAUAGGGUGACUUGUAGCUAGGUUAGUUGCUUGUUCAUUGUAUGAAAGGAUCUGUGAACAAAUGAACAUGUGUUCAUCUCCUGUUUGGUUUUUGUAAAUUUGUUUGCCGAUCCUUUCACACACCGUAAAUGUGCAUUGUAAAUGUGCAUUUGGAAUGUUGUGCUUUUGGUGAAUAAGUUAUACGGCUUUUGCUGACGUUCAGGUUAUUCCCUUUUGGGAGUUUAAGAAAGCAACUUUCUUUUAAUGCCUGAUGCAUUACCAAAUAAAUGUUACUCAAUAUUUUUUAAAGAUAUAAACAUUGUUCAUAUGGCUUCUGCUAGGCAGAUACCAUUUGCUACUAAGAUAUAUGAACCACAAAAUUUUUCGUAAUGAUUACCUACCUGUAUAUGAUAAUUCUAAAUAGGGCUUCACAGGGUUGUAUUACAGUGGAGGUUUUGAAUUGAAAUCAUACCUAUACUAGUAAGGCAAUUUUAGAUAUGAAGUUGCAGUGUAAAUUUCUCAGCUUUAAGCCACAAGGGCUCCUCUUCAUAUGUGAUUUCCAUUCCCGUGCUUGAACUAACUAGAAGUGUAGACUUGUUGAACAAAAUUGUUUAACAUUUUAUGAUGGUAAACUGGGGAUCUCAACCUUGUCUACCUCCAAAGUGAGGCCAUUUGGUGUCUUCCUGUCUGUGUGUUUGUCAGGCAUGUUUACUCUGUAACAUUGUUGUGUGCCUUGGAGUAUAGCUACGUGUUAAAGCCACAGUGGGACGUUGCAGUUAAAUAUUUCAAAAGAUAGUGGAUUUCUUUUUUUUUUUUAUGUCUGAAGCUGUAGUUGCAGUACAGAGCAAUUUUAAAUGGUAAUGAUAGCAAUUGAAGGUCCGACCAACUUUCACUACUGCAACAGAACUUGAUGGCUGAUUGUUGGCAUCCCAACUUUGUUACUACAGCUGCAAAGAGUUGCCAAACGUAACAAAUGUCUGUGGACUGCUUUGUGCAAGCUUUUUUUCGUGUGUGUUAUGUUUGGAGGGUGGAAGCAGUUUGUAUGCGUGUAAUUUAUUCUUGCGUGAUUGAUUUUACUGCAUCUUUCUUUUUAGUCCCUGCUCGUGUGGUAAGCAACUUUUUAUAUUUGCAUGUGGAGCUAUCGACGUGACAAGUAGUUUUUUACCUUGCUUGUUGGUGUGGCAAGUAGUUUUAUACUUCACUUAAUAUUUUUAUCUUAUGUACAUAAUGGAUGUGUGUAGCAGCAGUAACUAUUAACAGUACUUUUAUGAAAAACAUGACACCUAGAUUUUGCUAUGUAUUUCACAAUGAAAUUUUUGCUGUGUCAGAAGGUAAAUAAAAAUUA